AUGCCCGGAGCUGCACAUAUAACUGUUAACGAGAAGGAUGUCAUCAAAAUUGUCUUGGAAUUCCUGGAAACUCGAAGCUUGCAUAUUGCUCAGCUAGCACUGGAACGAGAGACUGGUAUAAUCAACGGUGAUUUCUCGGAUGAUGUCUUGUUCCUGCGACAGUUAGUGCUCGAUGGUCAGUGGGACAAUGCAUUAGAUUUUGUGGAACCUCUUCGUAAUUUACCGGAUUUUGAUCUGCGAACAUUUCGAUAUUAUAUCACAAAAUAUAAAUAUUUCGAGUUAUUAUGCAUCAAACAGGAGCCAGGUCCAAUGCAUGACAACGAUUUUACAGUUGAGGAGCUGGUGGAAUGUUUGAAGGAUCUAGAACAUAUAUGCCCUACGCCAGAAGACUUCCACGCCUUGUGCGCUUUACUCACUUUGCCUAAAUUAUCUGAUCACGUUGAUUUCAAAAACUGGAAUCCAAGCAGCGCUCGAGUGGAAUGCUUUCAAAAGAUCGAACCAAUGGUUACACCUUUACUACCUUCGACAGUAAGAAGUGUGGAUCAAGUACGAUCGCAUUCAUUGAACGAUCGUUUAAUGCAAUUGGUCGUGAAAGGAACAAUGUAUGAAGGUUGCGUGGAUUACUGUCAGGCGCAGGCUAUCAACGAUCAGAAAGGUAUUGAAAAGGGCGCAAUUCCAACAGCACUUCUGUCUGUCAAACCACGGUUAAUGAAUACGGAUUUAUCACUGAUAUCCUGGCUCGCAGCUAUUGGUCGUGAACAGUUUACAUUGCCUUUUGAACAGAAAGCUUUGGAUUUAAAAUUCGAUAAAGUGAAGCAAGUUUUAAAACCUAAAUUAGAAGCUCAAUGGACGGAACACAUCUUAGCAACACCAAUUAAACCUGGUGGUACAUUUCCACAUGCCUUGGUUCCAAACGUCAAGUUAAAGUGUGCUGAAAAAAUGAGCCGUUCUAUGGUACUACCAUCGAUGUCAUCAUCAGUUGCCGUUGGUGUUUCAUCUAGCACGCGAAGUUCUUUGCAUCCGAUGUCGUAUUCUACAAUGCCAUCAGUCGGUUUUUCAAUCCAGAGUAAUACGGAAGAGCAUCCGAAAGAGGUGAUGGUCCAGAGUCAGAUGAUUGAUGCAAUGUUCGAAUCAUCGGAACAUACCAGAAGUAGUCGACCCGGUAAACCAUGUGAUCAGUUGCCAUAUCCAAAUGCAGCACUGAUGCAAACAUCAAGUGUAAUGCAUAGCACGUUGCAACGCAAUCAGCAAGCCAUGAUAGCACAAAACAUGGGUUUUAGUCCACGGAUGAUGCACUCGAUGACACAAUUAUCCCUUUCAACAGACAAUAUGCUACGCCAUCAAUUGGAAGACAUGGCGCGACGUGGCCAGCGGAUCGGCUCGCUACCACCGGUACCUGAACUUUCUACACCCAGCGAAUGCUCCUUGGUGGAAUCAGCACGAAUUGAGAGUUCUCUGAAUAUUACCACUGCACUUGUCAACAACGAUUCAACGGCUGAACCUCCAUUAUCUUCGCUAUCAGCUUUCACGGGAGUAAAUAAUCCGAUGAAUACAUCUCUGUUCCAAGAAUUUUCAAAUCGGCAACUGCGUCAGCAAGGAAGGUUACAAUUUAUCUCGCCUUCUCAGUUCCCUCAGGUUGCUGAUUCAACUAAUCACGUGGCACGUAUCAGAGCAUCUGCGCCCAAUACGUCAGAGUCAUCCACGAUUGGUGGUGUGUCAUCAUCUGCAGCCGAUUAUGCUCCGCGAAAGACAAAUAGAGCUCCACUCACGCCAAGCAGGAUGUCAAAGAUAUUGCCUGUUUCGCCAGAAGCCAUGACGACUUCUGCGACUCACAUCGGACUUACCGAAUCGAAUCGAUCGCCUGUUCGAAGAAGCGCUAGUACUGUCGGUGUUCAAACUGCUGCUGCGGUUUCUCAGGUAGCUUGCUCAACAAGUGGACUUAGUGUGCAAUUUGUUCCAGUUUGCCGGUACGAAGAUGUACAAGCAAUACGGACCGUGGCAUUUCAUCCGACUGGUCGAUUUUUCGCACUGGGAACCAACUCGAAACAAAUGCUUAUCUGUAAAUAUCCUGACAUCAGGAAGUUCAGACCUGAAGAUGCUCCACGUCAUGUCGAGGUUAUGCUCUCAAGGCCGAAACAGCAUCGAGGAAGUGUGUAUUGCUUGGGAUUUAAUCCUACCGGUGAAUUACUUGCAACGGGUUCCAAUGAUAAAACGCUUCGUUUAAUGGCCUUUAACACUGAACAUUGCAAAAUUGGUGCAGAGACAGAGCUGAAUAUUCACGAUGGUACAGUGCGUGAUUUAAUUUUCAUGGAGAAUAAGAUGAAUCGAAGUACAAUAUUAGUUUCCGGUGGUGCUGGUAAUUGCCGCAUUCAUUUAACCGAUUGCACAACGGGUCAAUCAUUAAGCUCGUAUCACGGACAUACCGCUCCCAUUCUUGGCUUAUAUACAUGGUGUAACGGGUAUUUUGUUAGCUGCUCACAAGAUAAAACGAUACGAUUUUGGGAUCUAAGAGGCCCAGAAGCUGUAAACGUCAUUUCUCCGAACUGUAAAACAUCGAAUGCACCAGUGACAUCAGUUUGCGUGGAUCCAAGUGGAAAAUUACUAGUAUCCGGACACGAAGAUGCAUCAGUAAUGCUUUAUGAUAUUGUCGGUAGUAGAAUUGUGCAAAUUUACCGACCACAUGGUGACGAAGUUCGUACCGUACGCUUCAGUAACGCCGCAUACUAUCUUCUUAGCGGUUCAUAUGAUAAAAGAGUGGUUAUCACAGACAUGAGAGGUGAUUUGAUGACACCGCUUAUGUACCUCCCAGUCGCUGAACAUAAUGACAAGGUUAUACAGUGCAGAUGGCAUCCGCACGAUUUUUCAUUUCUGAGUACCAGCGCUGAUCGUACGGCCGUCUUAUGGUCGCUUCCGCCCCCACCUCAAUAUCAUUAA